AUGGCCCCCUCCGAGGGCGUGGGGGUCACCGUGUCCCCGCAGGGCGGCCGUGACCGCAGAUCUCUGGGGGCAGUCGUGGUGCGGUUCACGUUGGUACCGGGAUCGAUGCCGCUUCGUGAGACACCACCGACCGUGACACCCCCAAAUCUCCCGGGGCGGGGGGUAGGUGUGUGUUUGUCCCCCCCCCUCCACACCCUGACCCGGUUGUGUCCCCCCCAGGUGCGGGUGAGCCGGGCGGGAGCGGUGUCCGGGUACGGGCUGGUGGCGGCGCAGGAGGUGGAGGAGGGGGAGGUGGUGGUGGUGGUGCCCCGCAGCGCCCUGCUCUCCCAGCACAGCACCGCCAUCCACCCCCUCCUGCGGGAAGCCCAGGAGUCCCUGCAGAGCCAGUCUGGGUGGGUGCCCCUCCUGCUGGCCCUGCUGCACGAGUACACGGCCACCAACUCCCACUGGCAGCCUUACUUCUCCCUCUGGCAGGACUUCAGGAGCCUGGAUCACCCCAUGUUCUGGCCUGAAGAAGAGCGAACAAGGCUCCUGCAGGGCACAGGCAUCCCAGAAGCUGUGGAGAAAGACCUGGCGAACAUCCACCUGGAGUACAGCUCCAUCAUCCUGCCUUUCAUGAAGGCCCACCCCACUGUCUUUGACCCCAAGCUGCACACGCUGGAGUUGUACAAGCAGCUGGUGGCAUUUGUCAUGGCCUACAGCUUUCAGGAACCUUUGGAGGAAGAAGACGAAGAUGAGAAGGGGCCCAAUCCUCCCAUGAUGGUGCCUGUAGCAGAUAUUUUGAAUCACGUGGCCAACCACAAUGCCAACCUGGAAUACUCUCCUCAAUGUUUGCGGAUGGUGACGACGCGGCCCAUCAGGAAAGGGCAGGAGAUCUUCAACACCUACGGGCAGAUGGCCAACUGGCAGCUCCUCCACAUGUACGGCUUCGCCGAGCCCUACCCCGGCAACACCAACGACACGGCUGACAUCCAGAUGGUGACAGUCCGCCGGGCAGCACUGCAGCGGGCCAGCAGCCAAGCCCAGCAGCAACUGGUCUCGGAGCAGUGGGACUUCUUGUGCCAGCUGGAGAUGGUGGGGGAGGAAGGCGCCUUCGUGCUUGGCUGGGAUGAGGUGCUGACAGAAGAAGAGCUCUCCACCACCCUGAAGGUGCUGUGCAUGUCAGAAGAAGAAUUCAAGGAGUAUAAGGAACAAGACGGCUGGGAAGAGGACAGUGAGGGAGAGGAAAACUCUACCCUUUCCUACCAGGCUCUCUCCAGACUUAAAACCCCUUGCAAGAAGCUCCUUUACGAUAGCGUGGUGCUGACCCUGGAGUCCUACGGGUCGGACUUGAAAGCGGAGCAGGACUUGCUGAACAACAAGGAGGCUUAUGAGAAGCUGAGCAGAAGGGAGCAGCAAGCUCUGCACGUGCGCUACGGCCAGAAGAGGAUCUUGCAUCAGCUGCUAGAGCUGGUACGCUAGAAACCUGGCUGUCCCUGGGAAGGAACUGCCCACAACGGUGCUGGGCAAGGGAAGGUCAACCUCUGGCCAUCUCUUCCACAGCAGCAAGAACAGAUGGUGAGAGGAAAUACGGGCACACUUGUCCCUCAUACGGCACGUGGCUUUUUAGCUACCUCUACAUGAGCUACCUUCCAUGGCACAGAAGUGGUUUGGGGUGGUAUUAUCUUGUGGUGAGAGCUCUGGAGCACAGCUACCACCUUCUUCUAGAGGAGUUAAAACUCAGCUCUCCGAAGAGCUGCUUUAAGAAGGCAGACAGAUUAUCAAGAGUAACGAGUGGUCUCCCUCAUUUGGGAUCCAAAAUUUAAGGCAAGAAAGAACUGCUCCUUGUCCACAUGAAGGUGGAAACCUCAGCAGGCAACUCUUACUUAGAGAGGCUCAGAGUAGACACCUGGCAGGUGGAGAUGCCAACACUGACAAACUAAACUCUUAAAAUUUUGUUAAUACUGAGCAUUUUGAAGAGCACGAGCCCAUCCGUCCCAUCUGGUGUUCAUACAGGUUCAGUACAGCAAGAUUAUUUCCUUUUACCUCUAUAAAAGGCCUUUCUGUACAGGCUUGAGAACACUUUCUCUGCCGAGGAGCAGAGUCCCAGCUCUGCUGUAGGCUCAGCAUUCCAUACACACCCCCACUUCAUACAGUUCUUCCCCAAAGAAGGGGAAUCACAUUUAGCUACAGUAAUAUUUUUCUCCUCCGGUGUUUUGUCAGGCAAAAACUGCUGAGGUUUGCAGACCAAGCUGUAUUUAAUAAAGAUGCUGUUUCUUAUCCAG